AUGUUCUCUGCAGUGCUGCUAGUACAGUGGCAUUGGAAUUCACUGGUCCGAGGGGAGAACCUUACUGGAAAGCAUUUUAAUCAACCUCCUGAUGGUCCUUAUGGUUCCUGGUAUGGCCAUUAUAAGGUGCCCCUUGAAGAUCCCUUCUCUGUUGUUGAACACCAGCAGCAAGAAGUUCACGCACUGAUGAGCUUCUACCUGGAAGUGAUGGCCAGUUUUUCUUCGGGGAAUCACUCCAAAAGCCCUGAACCGUUUGAGUCCAGUCUGGGUACAUCUAAUGGACAUGUUGUAGAAAUGGAUAUCAGACCUCUCAAAGCCUGUGAAGUUGAUGGGAAUCUGUCUCCUGUGGAGGAACAAGAUUUCUCAUCCGAAGUGGGAUUUUUCAGGAAAAUUUGGUGCAGAUGGUUUGGUGGUAAAGAUGGGGCUUCCGAAAUUAAAAGUCAAAACAUUCCUGAAAAAUGCAGUGAUUCAGGAGAUAUCUCUGAGAAGACAAGUCACAGCUACCCUGAAAAAUCUUGUAUUAAUAGUGAUAACUUUGAGAAGAUAAAAGUUAACGAGAAGAGCAUGAGAUCACCAAGUCAGGAUGCUUAUCCAGUUGGAUCCUCUGAAGAGAAUAAAUCUGCUAGAAGCACUGAACCUCCUGAUGACAAUUAUACCCCACGUACAGGUGUUCUUAAACGAAUAAUAAACUGGUGUAAAUUUCAGAGUAGCAGCCAAGACACUGAUACAUCGGUUGAUCCAUCCAAUAAAAGACAGAUCGAGAUAAACAGUAAUUCUCACAGGCAUGAGGUCUUUAUGAAGGAUUCUUUCUGGUCUGACAUGGAAUCCUUCAUGGAUUCACCUAGAGGAUCAGUCAUUGUCACCCAGUCUAGGACCAGGGAACAGUUGGCUCAAUGUCUGCGAAAGGAAGGCCCUUUAGCCCUUAGAGAUCUCAGUGACAGUGAUCUUCUUAACCUUGUAGAUAUGCUGAUAUCAGAGAAGAAAUGGGUGGAAGAAAGCCCAUCUGAAAUAUCACCUUUCAAACUUACUCGGCCAGUUGUAACGAGGUCUUCUUUGGGUCAUUCUUGUGCUGCAAAUGGAUUGAGAUCAAUCUUUUUAAGUACGCAGUCACAAUCCAACCUGCCAAAUGUACCAGAGCUUAAUGGAGAGAAAAAGGUUCAAAAUAUUUCUCAUGCUGGAGUUUCCCCACCUACCGGUUAUGAGAAACCUUUGGACAGAUCUAGAAAUGACAUAUUAGCUGACUGUCAGAACCUUGUGAGCGAGAUAUUGAAGGAGCACCCAGAAGGAUAUAAUAUGGGAUCCUUCAGGAAAUUGUUCCUUGAGCGGUAUGGCUACCAUCUUGAUUUAAAGCAACUCGGUUACCAAAAGUUGGCAUCCCUGAUACUGAUGAUGCCUGGGGUGAAAAUUGAGUCCAGUCAUAUCUUUCCUUCCAGACAAAAAGUUGGUGGCUCUGAUCAGGAAUUCUUUUUUGAUAAAGUUCAAGAAGAUAAUGCCUAUCAUCCAUUAACUAGCUCAGAUAGUGAAUCAUCUGAGACGUCAAAGAAGAAUGAUGAUUCUGACUCUCCAUGGGAUGAGCUGGGCCCUAUUUCUAACUCGAGUUUUGAUAGAAAGGAUGGGCAAUCAAUGCCAAGGAAUUCAGUGAUGGAGGAAAAAAAGAAACGAUAUCCUGAUUAUGAACCUUCUGUCUCGGAUGAUGAAAUUUCAGAUUCAGAAGAUGAAGUCUCAACUGGAACACUUCCAGAAGGGCGAGGAAAGCCAGUAAUAAAGGAGGAAGAUAGCUCGUUAUUGCAAAUCCUAAAUUCAUGGUACAGCAGUAAUGAAGGCGACCAAAAAAAGGACAGGUUAGAGAAUGUUGAUGGCAUGGUUGAUUGUUCUACCAAGGGUGUAAAGCCUUCUAGUUCAUCAGAAAUAUCAACCAAGGGUGAAACCUCUUCAGUGAUCUUCAAACGGAAGCAAAGACCUCAAAGGAGCUAUUCUUUUGUUUCAGACCCUGUUGAGAAUAAUAAGGACAAGUUGAUUGAUGGAAUACUAGGCAGCUUGAAGAAAUCAGGUGAGUCAAGGAUACAAAGCUGAAAAAUUUAGGAAAUCAUACAUUCUAGCUUCAGGAAAAGGCGAUAGGCUUUUAAUAAUUUAACAACUCAUUAAGAGUAGAUGGUGUUAUAAUACCAGUCGGAAACAGAGUUGAUUUAUUUGAGCUCUGUACAAUAUGCCAAAUUGCUGCUCUGUUUUUCAGUUCAGUUGAAAAUUUUGAAUGAUGGUGAGCAUAGA